AGUUUUCAUUGAAGAAGGUAUAUGAUUCAGAGAAUGAAGAUUUUCCAGAAGUGACUUUGAGCUAAAGAAAGAUUUUUAUAUUCGACAAGUAUUGUCAACUGUAAUGAAGAUCAUUGUGAAACAGAAGAUUGAAUAAAGCCUUAUAACAUUGGACCUGAAUUCGAGAUUUUGAAAAGAUAAUUAGUUACUUUGCUUUUAGUGUUCCAAUUCCAUAGUAUUUAUUCUUUAAGUAAAUAGACUUAGUGAAUAGAAACUAAAAUUCAGUCCUGUACCAAAGGUUGCACUAAUAUUUGUUCUGGCAUUUUUUUCCUUAUUGUAUGAGAGAAAAAGUAAAUAAUUAAGAGCUAUAGUGAUUCAUAAUGAGAUAUACUAAAUGGAAUUUUAUUAUGUCAGUUCUUGGCAUCUUCAUCUAUAUAUUUGAUUUGAUUGUGGACACCUGGGUGUCUGUCAAGUUUUUCCAUGAAGGACAAUAUGUUUUUGGUGUUUUAACAGUAACCUUUAUAGUCUUUGGAACAUUUGUGGUCCAGUGUUUUAGUUAUUCUUGGUUCAAGGCCGAUUUGAAGAAAGCAGGCCAAGAAGAUCAUCGUUGUUUUCUUCUGCUUCAUUGCUUACAAGGAGGAGUUUUUACAAGGUAUUGGUUUGUCUUAAAAAAGGGUCACCAUGUGGCUUUCAAAUAUAGCACCAAAACUAAUAACUCCAUGGAAGAACAAAUUGAUCUACAUAAAGAAGUUAUAGAUAGAGUGACUGAUUUGAGCAUGCUCAGGCUGUUUGAGACCUACUUGGAAGGCUGCCCACAGCUGGUUCUUCAGCUCUACAGCCUCCUGGAGCAAGGUCAAGGGAAUUUCAGUCCGUAUGCAGCCAUCAUGGUCACUUGCUGUGGUAUAUCUUGGUCGACUGUUGAUUAUCAAAUAGCUCUAAGGAAAUCCUUGCCUGAUAAAAAUCCCCUUAAUGGAUUCUCUCCCAAAUUCAUGUAUCUCUUUUACAAGUUGUUUACAUUAUUAUCUUGGAUUCUGAGUGUUGUACUUCUACUGUUCUUAAAUGUUAAGAUUGCUUUAUUCCUGUUGUUAUUUCUUUGGCUUUUAGGUAUAAUGUGGGCAUUUAAAAAGCAGACCCAGUUUUGUGCUUCCAUAGGUAUGGAAUUCUUAUACAGGAUUGUUGUUGGAUUCAUUCUGGUCUUUACAUUUUUUAAUGUUAAGGGACAGAAUACCAAAUGUCCAAUGUCUUGUUAUUAUAUUGUAAAGGUACUGGCCACAUUGUAUAUAUUGAUUGCAUUCUGGGUCUGCCUACCCUCUGUUUUUAUUUCAGACUAUUUUAUAAUUAUCACUGUCAUUAUAGCUUUUACUUUUCUCCUUGGAAUUAUUUUUCUUACUGUUUAUUAUGGGAUUUUUCACCCAAAUAGAAGUGAAGAAAAGAAACCUGAUGAAAUUGAUGGAAAACCAGUUCAAAGAGAUUGUAGAAUGAGUUAUUUCCUAAUGUUAUGAGCUAUUCGUUUAUGAAACAUGUUUUCUUAUUUUGUGUUUUAUUGGUUAGUAAAGAAAAACUUGUAUGUGUGUUUUGUCUAUUAUUUUUG